AAAUUUGUUUAAAAGGAGCGUGAACAUAGGAUAAAAACGCACUCGAUUUUUGAAUACAUUUGUAGAGACCAAGAAGUCAGAACCAUGUCGAAACUCUAUAUAUGUUUUGUCGUAUUCAGCACCCUGUUUGUUGGGUUUACCGUCACGGGAAGUUUGCAAUUUAAGAACGUCUCAUCGAGAGGGCUUGACUGGUACGCGAGCAACAAGCCAGACACGCGUCAGGUGUCAAGUUGUCUCGGGGGACACUGUCACUCGAGAAAUUGCUGCACGUACUACUGCAACGCGCCCUCUGACACAUGUUUGAUGAUAACAGGAAAACCAUUCUGUAUGGAUGAAGUAAUGGGACCCUAUAAUGCCCCCAAUUGCGUGGAGUCGCGUUGUCUCGAUUGCCCCCUCUCGUCCGUCACCUGUUCGUCCACCAUGUGCGAAGAUCUGAUGGAUGGCUACGCGAGUUGUGAUUUUAGCAGUAUUCGCGGUCCAAUCCGAUCUUAACUCUGUAUAAUUUUAAAUUAUUCAGCCUUUUUGAGGGGACGUUAAUAAAUUAAGUAAAGCGAGA